AUGAUAGUUCCUCAAUUUUCCUUCACUACCUGUCAUAUACCAAUUGAUACAGAUGCUCUAUAUGACAUUAUUUCUGAAGCUGGUCUCAAUAAUGGUAUGGACAAGAUGCAAUUUGGUGAUGAAGCAUUAGUUCAAUGGUCACGUUUUUUCAAAGUUGAACAACUUGGUGAUAAUUUUGGCUGCUAUAUUGAAACAGAUGGGGUUAUUACUAGAGGAAGUGAUCAAGUGGCAAUAAGUUCAAAAUUUGAAGUAAGAAAUGAUCCUGCCGUAGUAAGAAAUUUUGGGCAAAUUCUUGUAGAGUAUUCAAAAAUAGUUCCUGAUGGCAUUGUGGCUUUUUUCCCUAGCUAUUUAUACAUGGAAUCAAUUGUGGCCAUGUGGAAUGAUAUGGUUUUUAACCCCUUUAAUGUUUGA